AUGAAUAUUGUCGAAUGGGCCUUUGGUAAGCGCAUGACGCCCGCAGAGCGUCUGCGCAAACACCAGCGUGCCUUGGACCGAACACAGCGCGAGCUGGAUCGUGAGCGAACUAAGCUCGAGAACCAAGAGAAGAAACUGGUGCAAGAUAUCAAGAAAAGUGCCAAGAAUGGUCAAAUCAACGCAUGCAAGAUCCAAGCCAAGGAUCUGGUCCGGACACGACGAGAAAACAACAGGUACAUCCAGAAAUUUUAUCAGAUGCGCACACAAUUACAGGCAAUCUCUUUGCGCAUUCAGACCGUUCGGAGCAAUGAGCAAAUGAUGCAAUCAAUGAAGGGAGCUACGAUGCUUCUCGGUAGCAUGAACCGACAGAUGAACCUCCCAGCACUGCAGCGUAUUGCGAUGGAGUUUGAGAGAGAGAACGAGGUUAUGGAUGAGCGACAAGAGAUGAUGGACGAUGCGAUCGACGAGGCAACUGGCAUGGAAGGUGAAGAAGAUGAGGGCGAGGAUAUUGUUAAGGAGGUUCUGGACGAAAUUGGUGUUGACCUGGGACAAUCGCUUGGCGAAACUCCAUCCGGCAUACAAAAGGAAUCAGUAGGGGAAACCCGCGUUGCGCAAGCUAUUGGUGGUGGAGGCCACACCGACGACGACGACCUUCAAGCAAGGCUAGACAGCCUUCGACGAUGA